GACAACCCGGAAUGUUUCCCAGCGCACACAACCAGGAAGUGAGGAGCACGUUUACGUGUUUGAUGCAAAAGUAGCCAAGAAGACAACAGUAGAGUAUUUUCUAAUCAACACUAGAGUAUUUUCUAAUCAACAGUAGAGUAUGUCGGACAACGAAGACAACUUCGAUGACGGAGAUUUUGAUGACGCCGAAGAGGAUGAGGGAUUAGAUGAUCUGGGUAAUGCGGAAGAUGAGGAUCGAGAGAAUGUGCAGAUCCUACCUGCACGGGAGGGCCAGCAAGCCAACCAGAAGAGAAUAACAACACAAUACAUGACCAAAUAUGAGCGAGCCAGAGUUUUGGGCACCAGAGCUCUCCAGAUAGCGAUGUGUGCACCUGUCAUGGUGGAGCUGGAAGGAGAAACUGACCCGUUACAAAUCGCCAUGAAAGAGCUCAAGUGCGGCAAGAUCCCCAUCAUCAUCCGCAGGUACCUUCCAGAUGGGAGCUACGAAGACUGGGGCUGCGACGAGCUCAUCAUAAGCGACUAAGUAAGACGUAAAGCUGGCCACAAACUGUAAAUAUUGCUUCCUCUAAAGCUGGCCAGUGACUUUUAGGACGGAAACAACAAUUACAAGUAAGCGCCACAAGAUGGAGACAGAACUUAAAUUGAACAUUUGACAAAAUAAGCCUGUUUUUGUUUUGGUGGAGACAUGUGAUUGUUGUAAAAGAAAUGUUUUAUUGUUUUGAAUAAACCUCUGUAUUAAUAA